AUGUGGCCAGCAAAUCAGACAGGGGAUGGUAGCUUUUUCCUGCUGGGACUCUUUAGCAAGAGUGCACACCCUAGCCUCCUCUGCUUUCUCAUCUUCAGCAUAUUUUUGAUUGCUUUAUCAGGGAAUAUCAUCUUGAUCCUUCUGAUCCACACUGACUCCUGUUUGCAUACUCCCAUGUACUUCUUCAUCAACCAGCUUUCGCUCAUGGACCUGAUAUAUAUUUCAGUAAUUGUGCCCAAAAUGCUGACGAACCAGUUGGCUGGAGUGAGAACUAUCUCUUUGCUGGGAUGUGGCACCCAGAUGUUUUUCUACCUGCUUUUGGGAGGUUCAGAAUACUGCCUUCUAGCUGCCAUGGCCUAUGACCGCUAUGUGGCCAUCUGCCAUCCACUCCGAUAUCCUGUCCUUAUGAACCGCAGGGUGUGUCUCCUGCUGGCGUCCAGCUGCUGGUUUGUGGGUUCAAUGGAUGGCUUCGUGUUAACUCCCAUCACCAUGACCUUCCCCUUCUGCAGAUCCUGGGAUAUUCACCACUUUUUCUGUGAAGUUCCUGCUGUCUUGAAGCUCUCUUGCAUGGACACCUACCUUUAUGAGAUUUUCAUGUACCUGUGUUGUAUUAUCAUGCUGUUCAUCCCUGUGUCAGUCAUUUCAGGCUCUUAUUACUUUAUUAUCCUCACCAUCCACAGGAUAAACUCAGCAGAGGGCCGGAGGAAGGCCUUUGCCACCUGCUUCUCCCAUAUUACUGUGGUCACCCUCUUCUAUGGGGCUGCCGUCUACACCUACAUGCUCCCCAACUCCUACCACACCCCUGAGAAGGACAUGGUGAUGUCCUUGUUCUACACCAUCCUUACACCUGUCCUCAAUCCUGUCAUUUAUAGUUUCAGGAAUAAGGAUGUCACAGGGGCUCUGAAGAAAUUGCUGAGAGCAGGGAAAGAUUCAUACUGA